UUCACUUCGCACGAUAUCUGCGGUUAACAGCAUAAGGCGGACACCUGACAGUUAUAGCGACUUCGCGCUAGACAGAUAAAAUUGGAUUCGAUACAGUGAUUCCCUGGCAUUGGGGGCAUCGACUCGUGUUCAGGUAAACUGGAAACAAUCGCUCCCAGUUACUGAUUUAUUCUAUAAUAAGGGCGCGCACUGGUUCGGUGACUGUAUGCUACUGUAGUCAUUUUCAUAUUUUUUCUCGCUUCAAAUCCAAAAGAUGAAAAUACAUUUUGCAUUGAAAAUAUAAGAUGUAGUGUUGUUUAUUCUUCAGUUUUUCAACGACAUUACUGUUAUUGCAGCGGUUGCCUGGAGGAAAGAAGAGAUACCUCUCCUUGGAGACUUCCCGGGAUGCAAAACUCAAGCGCAAGACACAAGAAUGGAGCGCAAUACUGCUGCUGUCUGAUUGGCGAACCGUCCAUCGCUUCAUCUUUUCACAUUAGUUCUACUCGACGAAGCUCUAACCAGGUCUAUUGCAACCAGGACUCGACCACGAGACAUCUAACUUAUAGAGACAGUAGGCUAACAUUUGUCUCGGGUUUGUUUAUUCGGAAAAGCCUAUUAUUUAAGAAAUAGGCGGACGCCUUUUCCGUGGUGCUGAAGAUAGGAGGACUUGGCUGAUCUACGAGUGAGGAGAAUCAGUACACGAGCCCACACUUUCCGCCCUGUCUUGUCAGCUUUAUGAUAUCAGGUCCAUUCGCUAAGGCAGCAGUCUGAGCUGAGGCAGGAUAGCAGGAUGCUGUGGGUGGAGUGUAGGAUAGUGGACGCCCUGCGUGGGAGAAGACGGAUGAGGGCCACGGCCGUCAAGCUGCCCUGCUCCUUCUGGUUCCUUCUGCUGUUCGGGGCCGGAGGCCUCGUCCUCUUCAUACACCUCCAGGACCUCUCAGAGAUGGUCCAGCAACAGGCUCCAGGUGUGAAGCUAAGAGGAACAGCUCGGCAGUCCAGAGAGGCACUGUGUACUCAGGACAGUGAGGGUGUGAGAGUCAGUCCAGGCCAGGACCAGAGACUGGCUGUGGAAGGCCUAACCAGCCCCAUCCCCCCCAUGCAGUUCCCUGCCUUCCAGUGGACCAGACAUUCAGCCACCCCUGGCUCUAGGGAACAGGACAUGGGCUCCCUGCGCGUCACCAAGCGCCACAGGAAACUUCUGAAAACCAGCCCUGUGGUCUCUAACAACUCACACAACUCCUCCUCGUCCUCCUCGGGUUCCCCGGACUCUCCUGAGGAGAGCUGGCAGUGGUACAGACUGUCCCACAUCCAGGAAGCUCGGCAGAGGCUGAUGAAGGAGGUCUGUGCCAAGUACAAGAGCAGCAUCUCCAGGACCAUCACACCUCACCACGUGUCCCGGAUCUAUGUGGAGGACAAGUACAAGCUGCUGUACUGCGAGGUGCCCAAGGCGGGCUGCUCCAACUGGAAGAGGAUCCUCAUGGUGCUGUCUGGCCUGGCGUCGUCCACCCACGAGAUCAAACACGACGCCGUCCACUACGGUAACCACCUCAAGAGGCUGGACAGCUUCGACCGCCAGGGCAUCACGCAGCGCCUGGAGACCUACACCAAAGUCCUGUUUGUCCGCGAACCCCUGGAGAGGCUGGUGUCCGCCUUCAGGGACAAGUUUGAGAACCCCAACACCUACUAUCAUCCUGUAUUCGGGAAGCCCAUCAUCUCCAAGUACAGGGUAAACGCCUCCAAGGUGGCCCUCAGGACAGGCAGCGGAGUGACCUUCCAGGAGUUCAUGCAGUAUCUGUUAGAUGUGCACAGGCCUGUGGGCAUGGACAUUCACUGGGAGCCUACCAGCCAGCUCUGCAGCCCCUGUCUGCUGGACUACAACUUCAUCGGCAAGUUUGAGACCAUGGAGGAGGAGGCUAAUUUCUUACUACGUAGAACUGGUGCCCCACAUAACCUCACCUUCCCCAGUUUUAAAGACAGGAACCCCAAGGCUGAGAGGACUUCAACUCAUUUAACCCAUCGCUACUUUGCACAGCUUAGCACUUCAGAGAGACAGAGAGCUUAUGACUUUUAUUACAUGGACUACCUUAUGUUUAACUACUCCAAACCUUUUAAAGAUUUGUAUUGAUUGACUCUCUAAUCUCUGUUUGAGUCCUCAAAUCUCCCCUGGCUUUAAGUGGAGGAGCGCACCAUAAAAAUGACUUCCUUUUACAAGUAUUACUAGAAGAUCAUCACAUGGAAACAAUGUCUCGGUCAGGCAUGUCAUUGUGGUCCUGUAUUAAAUACCGAUGCCUAACUGCAAAACAUUGCACUCACAAACAAUUUAUCACCGCACAGUCAGUGACGUGAAAAGACAGUUCAAUGCUUUAAAAUGUGUUGCGUGAAGUGGUACCCACCUAUCAUUUUUUGCACUUAGUGUAGCAAAUUCUUUCAAAUUCUCCAAAAACAUAUUGACUCAGACUGAGCAUUAGUCUGCCACACUACUGCUGGAGAGUGUCUGGGCGGUCUUAUAGGGCAGCAUCCCCCUUAAGUAUCCCUAAGUACUGCUUUACCACACCAUCCCACUACCCUUUAGAAUACACAUCCUCAUCACUGUCAUCAAGGCUUUUUCUGACACUAAUAUUUAAAAACUGUACAAAGGGCAUUCAGAUGACUAUAUAUAUUUUUCUAUGUAUUUCUAUAAUGGAUAUAUUCACUGCUUCUUUGUGGGGAUUUUCAUUUCUGAUAUCACUGAUUGUUAUUUCAGUAAUUAUAUGGUGAGUGUGUGUAGAGAAUAUCUGGCUAUAUUUAGGCCUCUUGGGUCCCCCUGUACAUCAGACCCUGUAAAACACGUGUCAAACUCAUUCCAUGGAGGGCCAAGUGUCUGCAGGGUUUUGCUCCUCCCUUGUACUUGACUGAUCAAUGAAGGUCAUUGAUUAGUUAGGAACUCCCCUCACCUGGUUGUCUAGGUCUUAAUUCGACACAAAUAUAAAGGAAAUAACAAAAACCAGGAUACAGUCGACCCUCCAUAGAAUGAGUUUGUCACCCCUGUUGUAAAUCACAUGGACACGUAGAAAUUCCACUCCAAUCUGUCCCCAAUUACCCAAUAUGCCCCUUAUACUGACACUGACAAAGUCACAAAGCAGCUUAUCCUACCCAUCCCUGUGUGUGUGUGUGUGUGUGUGUGUGUGUGUGUGUGUGUGUGUGUGUGUGUGUGUGUGUGUGUGUGUGUGUGUGUGUGUGUGUGUGUGUAUAUAACAGAGAGCGAGACGUGUGAGAGUGAGAACAACUGGAGCUGCUACUAUGAUCUCUUUUCAUGGCUCUGAGGAGGAGUGAGCCCUGGCCCACAGCCCAGACACACUCAGACCUGCUACCGUAGGUCCAACACAAGACAGACAACUGUGAGGACAGCUUUACGAUGAGAUCUCUCAACAGGGUAACAACUUACACAACCCAUAAUAACACAUAAUCUACUGUCCCACAAACUGUACAGGCAAUGUGUUGUAGGAUCUGUGUGAGAAAGCUAGUGUUCAGAGAAGCCAGCAAUUGGAGCAGUAUUUCAAAAUAUCCUAUUUUACCUCCUAUGAACAACACUGAUUUAUAGCGCCACAGUAGAGUACCACAGCUAUUCUGCACAGUGGGAUGGCAGGCAAGCACACUUGGGGCCAAUCAAACACCGUUUCCUGGAUAAGUCAGAAAUAUGAUUCUUCCUUGGCUGCUAGAACGCUGGGUUGGUUGGCUUUGUGAAAUCCGUCUGUAACACAGUGUUACAGUGUAACAGUAAGAAACUCAAUUGCAUAUGCUGUUGUGUUGUGAAAUGUAUACAGGUCAUAUUAUCGACUUGUCCCUGAAACGUGGUUGCUGCUUUUAACUGAAUAGGCCUCUAAUAAGUAAGUAGAAUGAUCCUCAUAUUCAAUUGUGUUCUACUCUGCAGCUCUAGUCAGAAUGAAUACCCCAGACAAGCCAGGGGGGUGUCUAAAAGGAAACAGCACAGGGGGAGAUGCCUUUCUCUAUGUGACCAAUUACAAAGAAAUGCACAUUAUUUGAAUUAUAUAUAGACACUAUAUUGAGAUUUUAAUAUAUUUUUUAAGAAGAAACAGAAAGAGAUUACAUAUUUAUGAUGGCAAAUAUUAUAGGAUUAUGUCAAUGUAGUGUGUUGGCUUUUGCAGUUCCAAAAUCUAUAUGUUGUUUAGAUGGUGGUCUGAUUCUAUAUAGUUAGCCAGACUCUGUUCCAAAGCUAAAUAGCAUAAUAUAGGUGUUACUUUAACCUACAGAAUGCUCCCUCACUCACCAACCCUGUUCUAUGGGGUUUCUUGGAAAUGUAAGUAUGUGGGUCUAUGGGUACAACACAGAUAUAUCAAAACUAUUUACGGUAACAAGUGAAUGUAUAACUGUUUUAUCGUUGGUGCAAAAGUGUAUAAAUACCUGUACAUGGUCUGGAACCCUUUGCCUUAUUUUACACUGCCAAUCAAAAGGUGUAUUUCAGGAAGACAUUCUGCAGGUGCUUGGUUUCUUUCUGCUGAGUGUCUACUAAUAAACUGUCUUUAGCAUUUUCA